AAAAAAAUUAUUACAAUUUAAAAACUUUCUAGAAAAAUAGAAUUCGCCGGAGAUGACGGCGGUGACGGCGGCGCAAAGAUCAGUUCCGGCGCCGUUUUUAAGCAAAACGUAUCAGCUAGUGGAUGAUCAUAGCACAGACGACGUCGUUUCAUGGAACGAAGAAGGAACAGCUUUUGUGGUGUGGAAAACAGCAGAGUUUGCUAAAGAUCUUCUUCCUCAAUACUUCAAGCAUAACAAUUUCUCAAGCUUCAUUCGUCAGCUCAACACUUACGGAUUUCGGAAAACUGUACCGGAUAAAUGGGAAUUUGCAAACGAUUAUUUCCGGAGAGGCGGAGAGGAACUGUUGUCGGAGAUAAGACGGCGUAAAUCGGUGAUUGCCUCAACGGCGGGGAAAUGUGUAGUUGUUGGUUCGCCGUCUGAGUCAAAUUCUGGUGGUGAUGAUCACGGUUCAAGCUCCACGUCAUCACCCGGUUCGUCGAAGAAUCCUGGUUCAGUUGAAAACAUGGUUGCUGAUUUAUCAGGAGAGAACGAGAAGCUGAAACGUGAAAAUAAUAACUUGAGCUCGGAGCUCGCGGCGGCGAAGAAGCAGCGUGAUGAGCUAGUGACGUUCUUGACGGGUCAUCUGAAAGUUAGACCGGAGCAAAUCGAUCAGAUGAUCAAAGGAGGGAAAUUCAAACCGGUUGAAUCGGAUGAAGAGAGUGAAUGCGAAGGUUGCGGCGGAGGAGACGGCGGAGGAGGAGGAGGAGCAGAGGAGGGGAUGGCGAUGAUAUUUUGCAACACUCUAUACUCUUCUUCUCUCUCGCCGUUAACUUCCACUCGAACAAAACCGUCGCGAUUCCCAAAGAAUCUCAAACCUCGAGCUCAAUUCCAGUCCAUGGAAGAUCACGACGACCAUCUCCGCCGGAAAUUCAUGGAGUUCCCGUACGUGUCACCCACGCGCAAGCAGCUCAUGGUUGAUCUCAUGUCGACGGUGGAGAAUCGCCUCCAAUCACAACUCCUUCCCUGUAACCUCCCGCCAGAUGUACGAAACUUCAAGAACCCUAACGGUUCCGCCGAAGCAUCUCUUCACAUCAGAUCCGGCCAGAAAUCAUCUCCGAUUGAUUUUGUUAUAGGAAGUUGGAUACAUUGCAAGAUCCCAACAGGAGUAUCUCUGAAUAUAACAAGUAUCUCUGCAUUCUUAAACUCGUCAACAAAAGCUCCAAACUUUGUGGUCGAACUAAUACAGAGUAGUCCCGAGUCGCUCGUGCUAAUCCUUGACCUCCCACAUCGUAAAGAUCUCGUUCUUAACCCGGAUUAUCUCAAGGAGUAUUACCAAGACACUGCUCUUGAUUCUCAUCGCCAAUCUCUCCUUAAGCUACCUGAAGUCAAACCUUAUGUGUCUCCUUCUUUAUUUGUUCGCUCUGCUUUCUCUCCUACUGCUUCGAUGCUUAAGAUCGAUGCGGAGGAAGAGGAUAAGUUGGAGGAGAUCUUGAGAGAUCAUGUUAGUCCAGCUGCUAAGGAGGUUCUCGAGGUUUGGUUGGAGCGGUGUGCGAAGGAAGAAGAGGAGAAGAUUGUGAUUGGGGAAGAAGAGAGAAUGGAGUUGGAGAGAAGAGACAAAAGCUUUAGAAGGAAGAGCAUAGAGGAAGAUUUGGAUUUGCAGUUUCCGAGAAUGUUUGGGGAAGAUGUUUCCUCACGUGUUGUACACGCUAUCAAAGAAGCAUUCGGUGUUCUUUAGAUCAUGUCACACUAUACAUCAGCUAAUGUUCAUUGUACUAGAUAUAUACUUUCAUCAAUGUUCCAUCAAUACUAACCAUCAGAUCCAAAGAUUUCUUUUUCCUUGAGCAUGUGCAAGACUCUCUCUUUGGUUGAUUCCAUCUCUGUCUUGAUAGACUCAAUAUCCAAAUCGUGAUCAGAAU